ACUGACUAGCUGCGUUGUUGUAUCAAAAUGCGUUACUCGUCAACACUCGCUUCUCUGGGCUUCAUCGCGUCGGCUUUGGCCAUCACCAUCACCACUCCGUCAGCAGACACAGAAUGGGAUUUCUCCACCCCCAAGACCAUCAAGUUCACUAGUGACUCCAAUGAUCCUUCGGUGAUCAGUAUCAUCCUGCGGACGGUGGAUGGCUCCUUUCAGACCAAGCUGGCGGACAACGUGAAGACCUCUGAUGGAGAGUACACGACCCAACCCAACCCUAGUAUCUCCAAUGGAGACGACUAUGAGAUCCAGAUCAUUGAUUCUUCUGGCCAGCUCGCGGUGAGCGCCGUGUUCACAGUCGAGAAGGGUGCUUCGAAUGAUGGCAACAGCACUUCUACAACCACUUCCAAGGCCACGACUUCCGGUUCCUCCACCACGGACUCCAAUUCAACCAGCACUAGCUCCUCCACUGCUGCUCUACAGUCAGUGGGUGUGGCAUCGUCUACGUCUGGCACUGCCAAGGGCGUCUUGGCUCUGUUUGGAGCUGUGGUCGCUCUUCUCUAUGUCUAAUUCUGUCAGUCAAUGGUGCCUCGGGAGCGUGCAUGUGUACUCCAGGUUACAAGCGAGGAAGGCUAAACUACAUAGAUCAUAGUCAUGUCAUUUUUCG